UAAUUAAAAAAAAAAAAAAAAACGAGGUGGUCGGAAGAAAAAAGACAAAACAAAAACCUGUGCAGAGUGCAAACAAAUCCCACGAAACAUUUGUGGUACAUUACAGUAAUGCUAUUUUGCCUUUGCUAACACCACCUUCUCUCCUCUCUCUCUCUCUCUCUCUCUCUAGAGCUUUCUCUCUCUUCUCUCUUUCUCAAAUGUUCUUGUUUUUUGUUAAACCCAUUCUCCACCUUCAUAAACCCUUUUGCCGCCAUAGUUGUCACAAUAAAUUAUCUGCUCUAAAACUGAACGCAUGCUUUGAAUUUUUCCGGGGUUACUUUUUUUAUUAUUUCUCUGGGUUUAUUUUAUCUCCGAGUUUGGUUCUUUGUCCUGAAGCUGUUUCUGCAUUUUAAGAAUGUCUGAAAAUCAGGUUCUGAAAGCAUGGGAAGAGCGAGUAAUUUCGUCGGAGAAGGGGAAUCGGAUUAUUCACUAUAUACUAAAAGAUUCCACCGGAGAUUCUCUUCUUGCGGUGGUGGGGAAAGAGAGGAGUAUUAACCACAUGUGUUAUACAGUUUCAGAGGAAUUCUUACAUGCAAUGGGGCCCACAAGCACCGCCCACUCAUCGACAAAGUGGCGGUCAAGGCGAGAUGUUGUUGAGUGGCUCGUUUCGCUAGUCUCGGAAAACGGACCGAUCUUUGCUAACUCGACAGCCAAUCCUUCGACUCUUAAACGCCAAAUCAUACAGAAAAGCAAGAAGAAUCGACAGACUACAACUCCCGAAGAACUUCCGAAGCGAGCUUUCAAGAAAAUCAAACUCUGCAUGCUAUUAAAUCACACGCUCGAAAACACUACUAGCCUUGCGGGUCCCACAAAAUCGGACCCAACUAAUCAUAAGAAAUUGUUGAAAAUGAAACCACCCGAGCCACAAACACUGUCCGAAUUCAACACGAAUAUCGAGCUUCUCAGUCAAGACAAAGGCAUGCAAGGCUGCUGGUUCAGAUGCAAGAUACUCCGUUCAUCGCAAACUCGUGUUAUGGUUCAGUACACGGAUGUCUCGAAAGUUGGCGAACCCGGAAAACUAGAGGAAUGGGUCCCGGCGUACAGGGUGGCGAAUCCGGAUAAACUUGGAGUGAGAUGUGGGACCCGCCUUACGAUUAGGCCUCGGCCUUGUAAGGAAUCUUGUGAAGAAACUAGGUUUGUUGUCGGAGAUGCGGUUGAUGCAUGGUGGUGCAAUGGGUGGUGGGAAGGUGUCGUAAUUGGUUACGACUCACUUGCUAAACGUAAUCUUCAAGUUUACUUCCCCGGUGAGAACAGGUUUUUGACAGUUGAGAGAAAGAACACUCGAGUUUCAAAAGAUUGGAUCGAUAGCCAAUGGGUGAAUAUAAAGGCGAAGUCCAAUAUACUCUCGUUCCUAUCUUCGAUUUUCAGCACGAAACUACUUCCUCCACUCCCCGUUUUGGCUGAUGCUGCCAGCUGUGCACCUGGCAAUAGCAAAAUUCUCAAACCCGAGCAACUUCAAGUGAAUGAAGAUGAUAAAUCUGUAGAGGGACUUAAUUUCAAGAAACGGUUUAUAAGUAGAUAUAAUGAAAGUAUAUCUCGUGCUUCUGGUUAAGCGAGAACAACGAAAUUCCCCUUUUUUUUUUGCUGGCAGCUUAAAAUUGUGAAGCAGUUGGUAUAGUUGAAACUGCUUUAGUAAGCCUAAGUAUUAUUUAUAGCAGUGUACAUAUUUUGGCUGUGUAUAAAUUUCUCAUCAA